CGCUGGUCGCCAGGCUUUCCUCGUUCAACAGCUUACUUCGCUCGAGAUGGAAGAAGAUGGGGACAUUGAGGAGCACUUCGGAAUACCCACCGAGCUUUAAAGGGAACUAAUCGAAGGAGGGAUAGGUAUUCCAGACACUCUUCAGGCGGUCAUUCUCCUCAACUCCUUCCCCCGAGCUACGAGCAGUUGAAAUCUACCAAGGUCAGGACGCAAUCUUGCUCCCGAGUGUUUGAUGCGGUCAGGCCCGAAUACUCUCGACGAGUUCGUACGACAGGCGUCACCACACGCAGGCACUCACUACUGCUACUGGCACCCGUCCCACUCGCGCCAAUGGAAGAAACAAAUUCAACCAGUCUGCCUUCUGCCAGUAUCACCAAAAGUACGGCCAUGAUACUGGGGACUGCCGAAAGAAGCCCAAACCUGCCCCAGGGGUACACAACAUCACAACGGCUUCAUUUGAAGCAGGUAGCGGCCUGCAUGUAACCCCAUCCAUGCCUGUCACAUUCCAUGUCUUCGUCUCCCCUUUCCUGACAACCAGGCGAUGGCUCUCUACAGUCAGACUAGGCCUCAUCCGAUCCCAGUAGGGGUCGACAGUGGGGCCACGCAACACAUGUUCAAGGGUCAGCAUGCAUUCUCGGAUAUUCGCGUUCUCCCUGAGCCGAUUGCGGUCAUGACGGCGCAAAAAGGAACCACUACGUUUGCAACAGAAAUUGGCUCGGUCACUAUGAUUAUGGACGCUGGGGGAACCCAGAUUUCACUGCUAGACUUACUCUACGUUCCCCAACUGGGUCGGAACCUCUUCUCGGUCUCGGCUAUGUGCCACAGCGAGUACACAUGGCGCUUCGACCAGAAGAGGGCGUAUCUACAGCCCAACAACGACCACUCUGUCACCAUCGCCUCUGCCCCGCGGGUCCCGCCCGGACAAGAUCUCUCCGCCGAGACUUGGGUCUCACUCCCACGCCGACGCGUUUGCUCUCCAGCGACAUCUCCUCGCCUUGGAGACUUAUUUCCGCGACGCUCUGCUGCACUGGAGCCCCGGAUUGACCGAACAGGCGUGGAUGCUCUAUAUAAUCUCCUUUCCCUACCACAACGACGAUGUCUCAAACAGUUAGGACAUCUAUGUUGGAAUGUCCAGAAGGGUGAUCCAACUGCGGAGGAUGAGGAGGAUUAAGGUUAAGGUUCAGAGGCGCAGUAAGGAAGUUUUUCAUAGACAUUCUUUAUACGCUUUAUUCCUUCUUUCUUCCUCCAUGCAAAACGUAGAAACUCUACACGUAACCGCUAGCUAUACCUGAUUUGUGACAUUAAACAUCCGUAAUGUCGUGAAGUUGAGGAAACGGGGUCGGUUGGAUAAGUCGGUAGCAUGGGAUAACAUUAGUGGAGAUGUGAUUAAAUUGUC